AUGCCGGCUUCUAGUCUUCUCGACCGCCUCAACAGAGAUGGUUUCGCUAUUGUUCCUUCGAUCCUUACGGAGGAACAGCUCACGAGGCUCCGGGACGCCACCCAGCAAGCCACAGCGCUGGCCCGGGCUGGUAAAUGGCCGAAUGUCCGGACUCUUCCGAAACAGUUCCCUCCGUGGCCUGUUGCUACACCCGAAGCACCCCCCGAAGGCAUCUGGGGAGUGCAGGGCAUGAUGCACCCAGACAUGCCCAAUAGCGAUGUUUUCAUCCAAACCUACUUCUCGGAUGCCGUCAUCGAACCCACAAAGCAGCUGUUGCAAUGCACCGAUGAUGAUCUUGUCAUGGAACUGUUCAAUCUACUUGUCCGUCCGGACCAAGACUUUGAGCUUCGAUGGCAUAGAGACGACAUUCCGGCGACAGCUACUGCUGAAGAGGAGAUGGAUCGCCUGAACCAGCCCGCAUACUCGGCGCAGUGGAACUUGGCCCUUUACGAUGACAACAGCCUCAUCGUCGUUCCGGGUUCCCACAUCAAAGCCAGAACGGACGUGGAGCGCAAUGCAGAUCCGUAUGAGAAGGAAAUUCCUAACCAACUAUUCGUUGAGUUGAAGGCAGGCGACAUAGUCUUCUAUAACAACAACAUCCUGCACCGCGGCGCGUACGUUGCCAGCAGGGAGCGCAUGACGCUGCAUGGAAGCGCGGGCCAUAUUAAGGGCAGCACCCUGCGAGCACGCAACGUCCUCCAACAUGGCCUCAAAGGGUGGGUGGAUAAGGUCGACUUGGGUGUGCUAGGUGAGAAGGAAAGGACGAGGGCAGAGAACAUGCGGAGAAUGCUUGUCAAGAUGGGACAAGAAACGGGGGAGGUGGGAUACUCUCUUGAGGGAUAUGGGUCCUUUUACGAAGUCAGCGUGGUGGUGUUGGUCAAGUUAAUGCAAGAGAUGCGGGAGUUUCCAAGGACAAGAGUCUUGGGGUUUGCCGCGGGCCUGGCGGUGUGUCAUAACCGAGCGGUGAAUUGCGUGAAUUGCAGGAGUCACGGUCAUGGGUUGUCGGCGCUUAGCUCAGUUCCCGUGACAAAGGAUCCCAAGACCGUUUCGAUCCCGCGGACGGACAAUAAGAAGCGUUUCCGGCGUCGAGGUAUUCUGGAACGCCAAACAACGUCAUUCUUCUGGAAUCAAUACCUAGUUCAACGGACGAGAACGCUGUUUCAACGCAAGUCUAUCGUCCAUCUCAAAGCCUGGGGAAAGUGCGUAGUUGGCCUGUGCGCAGCUGAUGCCUAAGUAACGAGGUGUCUGUGGAUCCCCCGUGAGCUUUUCCUGUGGCGCGGCCAAAUUCGGGUUUGACAAACAUCAAACCGACUCUGUCGGCAACAAAGCGUAAUCCACAACCACCUCCAACCCCCCUCGCAGCCGCCUUACGACUCCUCGAACUCUGCACCUGGCGACAAUGUUGCCCUCAUCGGUGCGGCGCGUGGUCGCCUCGGUGCCGCAGUCUCCUAUCGUCUCCUCCCUCACUACCUCCGCUCCGAGAGCGGCUACGGCGACCAUCACCCUUCACCCAAGACCUGGCGGCCACCAGAGACGAUGGUCCUCCUCAAGCCCGUCCAGUCCGAACAACAACGGUUCCAAGGACAUACCCGGUCAGGGCCAGUCCGUUCACGCUUCGUCGUCGUCCAACUCUAGCA